UAUGGCGCCGCCCGUGCCGCUGCGCUGAACAGCUUUACUUUGUCGGUUUCCCAGUUUAGAGAGAGUGGCCCAGUCCACGGAAUGGAGCUACCGAGCCCGGCCAUGGUGCUGGCCGAGGACGAGGAGACCGAGCUGAGCGACUGGAACAUGCCGGCCGCCUUCAUGAAGAAGAGGCACUGCGAGAAGAUCGAGGGCUGCAAAUCGCUGGCACAGAGCUGGAGAAUGAAGGACCGGAUGAAGACAGUGAGUGUGGCCCUUGUCUUGUGUCUCAACGUCGGGGUAGAUCCUCCAGAUGUGGUGAAGACGACCCCCUGCGCCCGUUUGGAGUGCUGGAUUGAUCCUUUGGCUAUGGGUCCUCAAAAAGCCUUGGAAACCAUUGGGGCCAAUCUACAGAAACAAUACGAAAACUGGCAGCCUCGGGCGAGGUACAAGCAAAGUCUAGAUCCAACAGUGGACGAGGUGAAGAAGCUGUGCACGUCCUUGAGACGCAACGCAAAAGAAGAGCGAGUUUUGUUCCAUUAUAAUGGGCAUGGUGUUCCACGUCCCACAGUCAACGGCGAGAUCUGGGUCUUCAACAAGAAUUACACCCAGUAUAUCCCCCUCUCGAUAUACGACCUGCAGACCUGGAUGGGAAGCCCAUCCAUCUUCGUGUACGACUGCUCCAACGCUGGGCUCAUUGUCAAGUCCUUCAAGCAGUUUGCCCUACAGAGAGAACAGGAGCUGGAGGUCGCAGCCAUUAACCCCAGCCACCCACUGGCCCAGAUGCCAUUGCCACCCUCUAUGAAGAACUGCAUCCAGCUGGCUGCAUGUGAUACCACCGAGCUUCUGCCCAUGAACCCCGACCUUCCAGCCGACCUCUUCACCUCUUGUCUAACCACCCCUAUCAAGAUUGCCCUACGAUGGUUUUGCAUGCAGAAAAGCGUGCGGUUGGUCCCCGGCGUCACUCUGGAUCUUAUAGAGAAGAUUCCCGGCCGGUUGAAUGACAGGAGGACACCUCUGGGAGAGCUGAACUGGAUCUUCACUGCAAUCACAGACACCAUAGCAUGGAAUGUCCUGCCCAGAGACCUGUUCCAGAAGCUAUUCCGACAAGACCUCUUGGUCGCCAGCCUCUUCCGCAACUUCCUGUUGGCCGAGAGGAUUAUGAGAUCAUAUAACUGCUCUCCCGUGAGCAGCCCUCGGCUGCCGCCAACCUACAUGCACGCUAUGUGGCAGGCAUGGGAUCUUGCUGUUGAUAUUUGCCUCUCCCAGUUGCCCACGAUCAUUGAAGAGGGCACAGCAUUCCGGCACAGCCCUUUCUUUGCUGAGCAAUUGACUGCAUUCCAGGUCUGGUUGACUAUGGGAGUAGAGAACAGAAACCCCCCAGAACAGCUGCCCAUCGUCUUACAGGUGUUGCUGAGUCAGGUUCAUCGUCUCCGCGCUCUGGACCUCCUGGGAAGGUUCCUGGACCUCGGGCCCUGGGCCGUGAGUCUGGCUCUAUCUGUGGGGAUAUUCCCUUAUGUACUGAAACUUCUGCAGAGCUCCGCGCGGGAGCUGAGGCCUUUGCUCGUUUUCAUCUGGGCCAAGAUCCUGGCUGUGGAUAGUUCUUGCCAGGCGGAUUUGGUGAAAGAUAACGGCCACAAGUAUUUCCUCGCUGUUCUAGCCGAUCCCUACAUGCCGGCUGAACAUCGCACCAUGACCGCCUUCAUUUUGGCUGUGAUUGUAAAUAACUACACCACUGGCCAGGAAGCCUGUCUACAGGGUAACUUAAUUGCCAUCUGCCUGGAACAACUCAACGAUCCGCACCCUCUGCUGCGGCAGUGGGUUGCAAUCUGUCUGGGGCGCAUCUGGCAGAACUUUGAUGCCGCGCGAUGGUGUGGCGUUCGUGACAGCGCCCAUGAGAAGCUCUACAGCCUUCUUUCGGACCCUAUGCCUGAGGUUCGCAGCUCAGCAGUAUUUGCGCUUGGGACCUUUGUUGGGAACUCAGCAGAACGAACGGACCACUCAACGACAAUCGAUCACAACGUCGCCAUGAUGUUGGCGCAGCUUAUCAAUGAUGGAAGUGCGAUGGUUCGCAAGGAGCUGGUGGUGGCUCUCAGCCACCUUGUUGUGCAGUACGAGAGCAACUUCUGCACUGUGGCUCUCCAGUUCAUGGAGGAGGAAAAGAAUUACCCCCUGCCUUCCCCAGCGUCCACUGAGGGGGGCAGCCUGACACCAGUACGGGAGACUCCCAGCACCCCUCGCCUGCGAUCCGUCAGCUCCUACAGCAACAUCCGAGCAGUGACCACUCCGCGAAACCUGAAUAAAUCGCUACAAAACCUCAGUUUGAAUGAAGAGAUGGUGAACGCUGUGGUAUUCUCCCCUGGAAACCUCAGCACAAGCAGCAGCGCAAGCAGCACCCUCGGCAGCCCCGACAAUGAAGAAUACAUCCUGUCCUUCGAGACCAUCGAUAAAAUGAGACGUGUCAGUUCCUACUCGUCUCUGAACUCUCUGAUAGGCGUCUCGUUUAACAGCGUCUACACUCAGCUCUGGAGGGUCCUCCUUCACCUUGCAGCCGACCCGUAUCCAGAAGUGUCCGACCUCGCCAUGAAAGUGCUGAACAGCACUGCGUACAAGGCUACCAUGAGUGCCCGGCCCCAGAGGAUCCUGGACGCGUCGGCCCUUACUCAGUCUGCCCCGGCCAGUCCCACCAAUAAGGGCAUGCACAUCCACCAAGUGGGAGGGUCUCCUCCGACUCCCAGCGCAAGCAGCUCCAGCCUCACCAACGACGUGCCCAAAGCACCAGCCGCUAGGGAGCUUCCUUCCGCCCGGCCUGCCAAUGUCGGCGCCAACAUCGGAGUGCAGUACACCCCUCAUUCUCAUCAGUUUCCCCGAACCCGCAAAAUGUUCGACAAAGGCCCAGACCAGACCGCGGAUGAUGGAGACGAUGGCAUCGCUCACAAGAGCUUUGUUUCAGGGACACUACAGACCGGUUUUGGCGACUGGAGUGCGAAGUACUUUGCCCAGCCGGUUAUGAAGAUGCCGGACGAACACGACAUGGAAAGUCAGGUCCGCAAAGAGCGAGAAUGGCGCUUCAUGCGAAACACGAAGGUCAGGAGACAGGCGCAGACACUAAUACAGAAAGGAGUAUCCCGGUUGGAUGAUCAGAUUUUUAUCAACCGGAAUCCAGGCGUUCCUUCGGUGGUAAAGUUCCAUCCUUUUACUUCAUGCAUUGCGGUGGCCGACAAAGACAGCAUCUGUUUUUGGGACUGGGAGAAGGGAGAGAAACUGGACUAUUUCCACAAUGGCAACCCACGUUAUACUCGAAUAACAGCGAUGGAGUAUUUAAAUGGACAGGACUGCUCCCUGCUGCUCAGUGCCACAGAUGAUGGUGCCAUCCGAGUGUGGAAGAAUUUUGAUGAUCUAGAGAAAAAUCCAGAGAUGGUGACGGCAUGGCAGGGUCUGUCGGACAUGUUGCCGACUACGCGAGGCGGGACACGAAGGGUUUCCAUCCAUCUUGACAGGAGUAAGCAAGGCGGGGCCGGGAUGGUUGUGGAUUGGGAGCAAGAAACCGGUCUGCUCUUCACGUCCGGCGAUGUACGAAUUCUUCGGAUAUGGGACACAGACAGGGAAAUUAAAGUCCAGGAUAUACCCACCGGCGCAGACAGCUGCGUUACCAGCCUUUCCUGUGAUUCCCACCGUUCCCUUAUCGUAGCCGGGCUGGGAGACGGAUCCGUGAGAGUGUUUGACCGCAGGAUGGCAUCGAACGAAUGCCGCGUGAUGACUUACCGUGAGCACACGGCCUGGGUGCUAAAGACUCACCUCCAAAAACAUUCGGACGGCAGCAUCAUGAGCGUUAGUGUGAACGGAGACAUCCGUUACUUUGACCUGAGGAUGCCCGAAUCGCUCAACGUGCUUCAAAUCGUAAAGGGUCUCACUGCGCUGGACUUCCACCCGCAGGCGAACCUGUUUGCAUGUGGUUCUAUGAACCAGUUUAUUGCCAUUUACAAUGGAAGCGGAGAAGUGAUCAGCAACAUCAAAUACUACGACGGAUUCAUGGGGCAGAGGAUAGGAGCCAUAAGCUGUUUGGCCUUCCAUCCACACUGGCCCCACUUAGCUGUUGGCAGUAACGAUUAUUACAUGUCUAUUUACUCUGUUGAAAAGAGAGCGAGAUAACCUCUGCGAGAAGAUUCAAGGACCUGCCAUGUGGCCUCUUCCUGUGUAUAUAUAAGAACGAUGACCCCAGGUCAUGGCAUUCAAUUGCUGCUGCUUAGAACUUGAAGAACAUUCUUUGAAAGGACAAAGCGAAUGAACCCAGGACAGGACGUAAACCUUUCCCCCACCUUUCCUCUUAUUCAUGUUCUUAGUUCGCGUUGCUUUAUCUUUCAGAGGCUCAGGUGAGGGGAACCUUUUAAGUUUGCUGGUUUUUCAGGUUGGGGUAGAAGAUGGUAGGUGUUUUUAGCUGUGAAUUUUGGUUUGAGUCCCUACUCCUUCCUGCUGCCCUCAUAGCUGCUACUCUGGACUCCUCUGCAUCCUCCUGAGGGCUCUUGUAGAUGAACUCCGUCGGGAUCUCCUACGUAGAGCACUCAGGAUUUUAUCCCGGUGGUCAGAGCAAAAAAGUUCUCCCUCCUCCUCUAAAGACCUCAUAUACUCAACUUCUGGACUCCAGCCUUUCCUCCACGGUCCCCUUCUGCUCGUGUCACGGACUCUAUUGGCUUCUCAAGAGAACACAUCCUCACAAAUGUAGAAAAAUCCCCACUGAAGGUCCGGAGUUCACUGAAAAAGAACGCAGUUCCAUCCAUCUCAUGCAACCUUUACCGAUUCAGAGAGGCCCGGGAUAG